UUGAGUCCUAUAACACAUCUAAACUCUCAUCAAUACAAAUUUACAAAAACUUUAUAACAAAUAGCAAGAGUACAAAGCUAAUCAUGAAACCCAUAAUCCUAUCAUUUGCACUACUCUUUGCAUUGUCCACCCAACCCUUGCUCGGAGAAGCUGAUGCUUCACCUGAUCAAGUGGUUGACAUAGAAGGUAACAAGGUUCGGGUCGGAGUAAACUACUACAUCCGACCAGUCCCAACAACCCCGUGCAACGGUCGUGGGCCUUGUGUUGUUGGUAGUGGUUUUGUUCUCGUAGCAAGAUCACCAAACGAGACUUGUCCACUUAAUGUUGUAGUGGUUGAGGGUUUUCGUGGACAAGGAGUAACAUUUACACCAGUUAACCCUAAGAAAGGUGUUAUUAGGGUUUCCACUGACCUCAACAUUAAGACUUCCCUUGAUAUAGUGUGUGAAGAGUCCACGGUAUGGAAGCUUGACGAUUUUGAUUCUUCAUCUGGACAAUGGUUUGUGACUACCGGUGGGGUUGUUGGAAAUCCUGGUAAGGACACCAUUAGCAAUUGGUUCAAGAUUGAGAAAUAUGAAGAUGACUAUAAGCUUGUGUUUUGCCCUACAGUAUGCAAUUUUUGCAAGCCCCUGUGCAGAAAUGUUGGGAUCUUUAGGGAUAGUAAUGGAAAUCAACGUGUGGCUCUCACUGAUGUGCCUUACAAAGUUCGGUUCCAGCUAUCUGCUUAGAAGCAUUCUCAUACAUGAACAAAUUGUGUAAUAUAUACUUUUCACUUUUACAUUAGUAAAAGUGAAUAACAUCAUGAAGGAAUAAAAUCAAUCAAUAUGUUUAUCCUAAAAAUAUUUUCAUAUGAAUAAAAUGCAUAUUUUCUUGUUACAAUCUGAUAUAAAUUCCAUUUUAACAUAAUGAAAUGCUCACAACUUUUCAAGACUCUGGUUGUGGAAGACAACCUAAUGAAAUUCUCCGAACAUAUAUAAUGCAGUGUUAUUGGGUGGCUGAUGGCGAUCUAUGGCGGAGCGCCAAAAUCCCACAAUAAUGCCGGACAUAUGGCGUGACACCACCAUCCUUCACAUAUUUAGCCAUGGUGGAGAGCCUAAAACCUGGCACUGAACUCUUUUGAUACCGAAACCUACAGCCUCUUUAGACGAAUCAGACUCUCAUCACUUGCUUUUGUUCAUAUUUCCCUUCAUCUCAACUCACCCAAAGAGACUGAAAUCCUAACCCUUUUGAUCCAUUAACCCAUAAUGUAACAUUAAUACCACCAAACCCUUGUUGGUUUAACUUUGAAACCAUUGGUCUAUCUCUCCAUCAUCUUUUAACUUCAAUUAUAUCUUCACUUUCAGUUUCAUCACCACCUCACCUCUCUCAGCUUUCAUUACCUCUGCUAGUCUCUUUCUUGCUAU